GAUGGUCAGACUGAAAGGUUGGUUACCAUCUCGUCUGCAAGAGCGAUAUCGCCCAGGCCAUGUGGUCGACACAGCAGUCGUGCUUCCUCGCCUGCGUUGUCCAUUCGGCGAUCAGGAUCUGCGUAGCCUUCAUUCAUGACCCAAUUAACCAUCAACCUAAUUCAAUUCUUCAGAGUCAAUACGAAUCUCUGGCAAGCCUUCAAAAAUACAAACCCGCUGUUAGGCAAUCCGAUGUGCCUGGGUAUCUCCCGAACAGCUCAACACUCGUGCCUGAAAUAGCCUUGAAUAACUCGCGUCUUCUUCCCCUGCUGAGGUCUGAAUCGGGAAGCGAUAUUCUGGAGUUGCCUGAGGAAUGGAUUAUUUCGAACCGCCUAAUCAUACCAUUCGUUGUAAAUAAUUUAACACGUGCUGAUAUUACCGGCCAGGACAUCGUCUUAGGAGCAAUGAUGGAGAUUCUGCAUGUUUUCGAGUACCUCAACAGAAUGGGCCGUUGUUGGUUGUCUGCGGGCAGAGAGUUGAAUGCAAUAAUCAAUGAAGCAAUUCCAUCUUUAUUUACAAGAACAAUGCCUCAAAAGAAGCAACGAAUAAUGUCUUGGUCUUUAAGCCGGGUGCAAAACGCAUUUCUUCAAGGAUCAAGCAUGUUACAUCACUGUCCCAAUUCAUUUAUAUACAACAAAAAAGUUGAGAACGAAAUGAUGAAUGUUGUAUCGUGCAUGAAUCCAAAGCUCGUAAAAUUUUUUGGAGAAAACAUUCAGUUGCUGAAGACACUUUUAGCAAAUUUUCUAACAGCCUCUCAGAAAAAUGGAAAUUUGCUUGUGGAUUUUAUUUGCAAUGAGCAAUUAUCAUUGAAAAAUUCAGCUUUUGACGUCUGCGCUCAUCUUUUGCAAAAAACCCUAUCGUUUAUAAACUUCUCUUCCAAGAACCAGUCGAGCUUUCUGCACCGAAGGAGCACUAGAGCUGCGAAGCGAAAAGAACGCUGGCCUGUAAAGUUCUCAAAGAGCCAUCAAUCAUCAAGUUUUAUAGCAAGCCCUGAAGUCUCAAGAAAUGAUUACUACGAAAAUGAACCGCCCCUAAGUAUCAUUAUUGAGCCUACUGAUGGACAUCGCAAAGGCAAGGUACCGAAGUUGUUGGUGGCGCUCGUUGUCGGCACGUACGGCGUGCUCUCGUUACUGCUCUUGAGGUUGCUGCUCCAAAUUCUGCUACCCGUGAGUGUUGGACCUCCUGGGGCAUCUGGGGACAAAGGCAUGAUAGGAAAUAAGGGUAUAAAAGGCGACAAGGGCAUUAAGGGAGAUAAAGGAAUGAAAGGCAUCAAAGGAGAAAAAGGGAACAAGGGUUUGAAGGGCAUUUCUGGGCCGAUGGGACUACAAGGAUCAACAGGAGGACCGGGACCCGAGGGAGCUCAGGGCCCAGGUGGAGACCCUGGGAUGCCUGGAGACAUUGGGGAUAAUGGAGACCCAGGAAUGCCGGGUGACCCUGGUAUGCCGGGACCCAACGGAGACGAUGGAGACGAUGGUAUGAAAGGUGACAAAAAUUGUCCUGGUAAAGGAAACAGCUGCCGGCGCUUGAAGAGGAGACACGCCAGAGAUUCAACUGUUGAGCUGCAAGAUGCACCGCAGCUGCUAGCAUUCCUCUACUCCAAAAUAAACCAAAAAUCUGCGACUUUGACAAGAGAGGUCGACAGUAAAUGCGAUGCCGUGAGUGCGGUCAACGAAUUAUGGCAUCAGUUCGAAGACCCUACAGGCUGCGUCAAGUGCUCGCUCUUCGAGUUCUUCAUAUCAUCAAAAUAUGACGCAACUGAUUCUCUUAUUGUGGCGAACUUGGCUCACGUGCUGGGAGUGCAGGAGUCGCACCAGCUGCACGCGGCCACCUGGGAGGCGCGCGGCAGCAACCAGAAAAUCUUCUGCAGGCGCCGGGAAAAUUCCUGCGACGUCGUCCGGUAAACCAACAGAGCCUUCGCACUACCCGAGGAAAUAUAACCUUCAUUGAUAUAUUGCUGUUUGAAAUUGUUUGUGGUCUGAUUUCAAUAGACAACUAUUGAUAUAUUGCUCCUCCAUUGAUAUAUUGCUGUUUGAAAUUGUUCGUGGUCUGAUUUCAAUAGACAACUAUUUAGGAGACUUCCAACGUGCACCUAUAAAAUCAUAGGAUAAAGAUUUUAUUUGGUAUGAUCAGAGAGAACUAGUCAAGGCAGCAAUUUAAUACUUCAUCAAAUAUUUAAAACGAUGAAGUUUGCGUUAGAGGAUGGUUGUGUAAAUAAUGCGCACGAUUCGAAGUUCCUUAAGUUAAAUAGGCCUUAUUCAAAAAGAAAAUAUUUAAAUGGAUGAAAAAAAUGGUCGAAUGAACG